CUGAGUCACUUAAAUGGCCGCAGGUUACUUGUUUUCCAAGUUUCCCCUCGAGUGAACCGUCUCCUCUGCAUAAUAGUUUUAUAAUGAAGCCGCCCUCCCCAGACGGAUAACAUUUACGGUCGUUUCCUCGCUCCUCUGGGUCAACACCGCUUCCCCAAAGAUAACGCCGGCUGCACAGAUGUUUGUCUGAGGAUCGUUCGCAUGAGCGCAAACACGACUCCCCACCUCAGCAGUCGGCCGGUACAGAGCGUCUGUGCUGACUUUGUUCAGAGCAGCAGGUCGUUGUUUUUACACCGAAGAUGAAUCUCUCGACGUCGGACGAGUGCUGCGCCUUCGAGUCUCCCGUCCUGGACCGGGUUUUGCCUCCGAUUCUGAUCUUGGAGUUCAUGUUCGGUCUGAUGGGGAACGUGGUCGCCCUGUGGAUGUUCGUCUUCCACAUGGACAUGUGGAAGCCCAACUCGGUGUACCUGACCCACCUGGCCGUGGCCGACUCCAUCGUGCUGUUCUGCUUGCCAUUCAGAGCCGACUACUACCGGCGUGGGAAGAACUGGCUGCACGGCGACGUCUUGUGUCGCAUCCUUCUCUUCCUGCUGGCGGCCAACCGCGCGGCAGGAAUCUUCUUCCUCACGGCCGUGGCCGUCGACCGGUACUUCAAGAUCGUCCACCCGAUGAACCGGAUCAACCGAAUGGGUCUGGGCUACGCCCUCUGGGUCUCCCUCGGCCUCUGGGCUCUGAUUUUUCUCGCCACCGGGUAUCUUCUGGCCAACGAGCACUUCUUCUACAACGGCAACCGGACGCAGUGUGAGAGUUUCAACAUCUGCAUGGGCUUCAGCCCCCUCUCCACCUGGCACAACAUCUUCUACGUCACCCAGUUCUUCCUGCCCACCGCCAUCGUGGCCUUCUGCACCGUGCGGAUCACGUGGCAACUCAGAGUCCGGACUCUGGACAAGAGUGGGAAGAUCAAGCGGGCCGUUCAGUUCGUCUCGGCUGUGGCUCUGAUUUUCAUCACCUGCUUCUUUCCCAGCACGGUGUCACGCAUCGCCGUCUGGAUCCUCAAGGUGUGGUAUGACGAGUGCCGGUACUUCGAGGAGGCCAACCUGGCGUUCUACACCUCUGUGUGCUUCACCUACUUCAACAGCGUCCUCAACCCUGUAGUGUACUACUUCUCCAGCCCGGCCUUCAGCGGCACCUUCAACAAGCUCUUCAAUAAACUGCUGAGACGGAGCGGCGACGAAGAUCAGACGGAUUCAACUAAGAACGCUGUUUCCACUGUUGAUGGUAGAAGGCUUUAAAUACCUGAUAAUGAGACUGUAGUGAAUGCAUCGGGCACGUUAAAGGCCUGGCUACUCAUAGAAUUACUGUUAUCCUGGUUUAUAAGUGUAAUAUAAUGUAGGGAAGAGGUUUUAGCCCACCUAAAAUAAUAAUUAGCAGCUAAGUGCUGUGUACUUGUAUACAUACAACACAAACCCUUGGGAGGGUUUUAAUUAGAGCAAUUAUUUUUAACGAUGAUAGAAAAUUUCAGUUGCACGGUUUCCUCGUCUAAUAUACACUGCAAAUGCUUUUAAUGGUAACCAUCAGAUAUGUGAUGUGUGUUUUUAUCCAGUUCUUUGUUCACAUACUUAACAUAGUCACUGAUUAUCUGCUACCAAGUAUAAUAUUUACAGUACAAAUCAGUUGAACAGCCAGAAGGAGGUUAUAAAGACUUCAGUGUUAAACUGUCGAUUAACACACAAACCAAACAUGUACUGAGACACCAUGCAGGUAAUCCCAACCAAUAAUGUAAGAGCCGUAUAUUCUUUUAUUCUGUGUGCAGAUAGAUGCAUUCCCAAUAUUUGUGUCCUGUCGAGUUUUGUUUUCGGUAAAUAAAUAUUAGAAUAAGCAACA